AUGACUGGAAGUUCACAGCUGAAGAAGGACUUAUUCGAUGAGGUGCAUCGUACCUGGUAUACAGUACAUCCAGGCACACCAAAAAUGUACGAGGACCUGAAGAUACACUUUUGGUGGAAUGGCAUGCGUAGGGAGAUUGUGGAGUAUGUGGCCAAGUUCUUUACCUACCGUUACCAAGCGACUAUUGGUAUGGCACUAUAUGAGACGUUGUAUGGGAGGCCUUGUAGAUCACCUAUUUGUUGGGCAGAACCAGAUGAUAGCUUACUACUUAGGCCGAAGCUUGUAAGACAGACCACAGAGAAGGUAACAAUAAUUCGGGAGCGCAUUCUUGCAGUGCAGAGUUAUCAGAAGAGUUAUGCAGAUUAG